AUGAGGUUCACUCAAGCAAUCACUCUGGCAUUGCCAGCCAUCACUGCCGCCUACCCUGGCAUGAUGGGUGCUAGCUCCCGAGCAGAGAUGGAGCAGUACCUUCGCGCGGAGAUGCAACGCGAACAACUUGCAAACCGUGCCGCUGAAGCUCAGCUAGGUGGCCUUCUCAGCCCAGUCGGCAACCUCUUGGAGUCGCUUGGCGAUAUUGUCGACGGACUACUGUCCUCAGUUGGCCAAGCUAUUGUCAAGCAAGAUAACAAGCGCCCUGAGCCUGGCUACGAGUUCAAAGACCCCGGCCCCAACGACUCCCGUGGUCCUUGCCCAGGUCUCAACUUGCUCGCCAACUACGGAUACCUCCCACGCGAUGGUUAUGUCAAUUACGGGCAGGUUCUCGAAGCCACUGCGCGUGGUUUCAACAUGGGUACAGACCUUGCAACGGUCCUAGCCAUCUUCGCUGUCUUGGGAAGUGGAGAUCUCGAUGGACUGUCUUUCUAUCUUGGCUCAGGCAAAAACGGAAUCGGUGGUCUCAACCGCCACUCGGUUGUGGAGGCUGAUGUCUCGCCCAACCGCGAAGAUUAUUACCUUGGAUGCGGUGACAACCAUCACCUCUCUUCCCGUCUCGUGAAGCAGAUGGUCGGGUAUGCUGCCCAGGACCCCAAGAAGGAGUUCUCUAUGGACGUCUUGGCCAAACACUACGCAAAGUCGGCUGGUUUCACCAAGGAUAACAACCCUUUCAUCUACUACUUCCCGUUCCCUCAGAUUGUCUCUCUGGGUGCCUUCGCCUUCUACCCACAGUUCUUCUCCAACGGCACCUACGGUGCAGGCGGUGUGCCCAACUACAAGAGCAUUAUGAGCAUCAUUGGCGCAGAGUAUGAUGCGAAUGCCAAGGAGUUCAAGUACGUCCCUGAGCGCUGGCCCGAGAACUGGUACCGUCGUGAUACUCCUUACGGCGCGGUACAGGCCAUCGCCGACGGUUUCCUUCAGAUCUAUCCCCGUAACGUCAUCGUUCCUGGUGCCGCACAGGUCGGUACAGGUAAAUUGUCCGUCCAGACCCUACUCUGCGACGUAUACCAGGGUAUCAACUCUAUUACUCCACUUGUACUCGGUGGUACUGAAGAGAACAUCUCCAAGGGCGUCUCAUGGGCUCUUUCCGUUCUUGAUCCCAUCCUUAGUAAAACAGCGCUGGGCUGCCCUGACAGCGUCAUCUCGCCCAACUUCCUCUACCCCAACUCUCAGCAAGAGGGUGGGCCGGCCAAUCCCCCGAAGGUUCCAUCCGAUGAAUGGACUGGCGACAACGUGUACAACAAGGUGUACUUCGGCGGAAGCUCGCCUCCUACCAAUCCCAAGUGCAGCCACUCCAGCUAG